AUGGCCACUUUGGCCGACUGCUGGGAAGACGGCAUUGAUUCAGCUGAUGACGAUUCAGACAGCGAAAUCCAACCCAGAGUCGUUAUCGGUCGAGAAGGUGUGCGGAUUUCCUGUCGUCAUGCCAAGGGUACUUUGCAUGAGUUUGCAUCUUCCCUCACGGCUACUGAUGAGUUCUUCACCCCCACUCCGAUAUUCUUCGGCGAGAAGAGGGAUGAGAGCUUCCGUGCUACAGUCAUAUUGCCAUCAUCUGUUCGUCCACCAAUAGCCAGAUGGGCGAUGAGCCGUUGGCAUGCUACCAAGGGCAGGGCUAUUCGAGAGGCCAGCGCCAGACAGUUGGAGAAGCUGGCGGUGCUACCGUGGGUGACACCUCAGUUCAAAAACAUGUAUGCUGUUGGCAAGGCCGAUGGCGUUAACGAGGACCUGCUUCCCCCGGGUGACCUUCUCGACUUGGCCGCCCACCAGUUGACUGAACGAAGAGGGGAUGUGGCGCCAGCGUUGGUGAAACCUACCGAUGAUAACUCGGUUAUGUAUGCCUAUCAAUUGAGGGUUCAGUGGCACAACGCUGGGAUGGAGAUCCCUGAGCGCCUUGGUAACUGGAGAGAGUUGACGCGGAAGCGGGUGGCUGCUAUCGAGAAACUCCGCAUCUUGACUCCGGAGCCUCUGGUGGGAAGAGUGAUCGAGGCUGUGAAAGAAAUACCAAUUUCGGCCAGCGGCUUGGGGAGGUCAGACUCGAGACUUGGCACGGUGAAGGUUACACUUACCCCAGAAGGAGCUGUCAAUGUCACUGGAGACUUUAUGAACACUAUAUGGGCAUUCCAUCGACAGGUUUUCGCCAAGGUGGAUGGGGGUGCUGUCGUCGAUAGUUGGUCACAGUGUCAGGCCGAUCGCCCCUUCUAUAUAGUUUCUGCUAGCACCGGGGAUAUGGUGGAGAUGGCUCGAAUCCUGGAUGCCUUCCAGGACGACCCUCGCCUACUUGUUGAGAUUGGCCUGACUGUAUCAGAAUUGGCGAGAGUCGAAGCUUCCCCACUCAGCCGAACUCUUGCUGCCGUACCACUCCAUCUGCUAUUCGAAGCCCUUACCCCGAAGCAAUGCGAGAUGAUGAUCGAUUCUGAAAAGCACGAACCUCUGGGAUGUGCCCUGCUGGAAAUACUGGCCUCCGAGUAUGUAUGGGCUGACCAGUUCGAUGAAGGAGAGGCGGCUCUCGAGGGCAAGUUGACUGAGGAACGCCAGGCGUACGUCCUUAGAGAGCGCGUCGCCUAUCGAGGUUUGAUGUCCACGGUGUGCUCAGCUAUGCAAUGGCGUGACCAGCAGUCGUCUCCGCUGCCUGGCUAUCAAGUCGCUGACGGCUCUGCUCAGCCUGUCUUGGAAGGGGCCGCGAGAGACAGGGCCACGGCGUUCUUGAAUGCGUUGAGGACAUCAACCACCUCUCUCGUUGGUGUAGUCUUUGGUGAGGCUGGCUGGAGGGCUGGAAUUGCUCUCCUCCGCCGUCUAGAGCUUAUACCCGAGGACGAAGUUGGCGAGCUUGUUCCACACUCAGCUGUUGGUGGACGGGCCGAGGUGGACGCGAUGGGGUUGCCCCAGGACAUACCGCCCAUGGUCCGAGACUAUCUGCUGCGCCCUCCCGUGACCUACGACACUCUAUUGAUUGCAAAUGGCCUCAACGUGCCUCCUAUUGGUGGAUAUGAGUUCAGGCGUCAUCCUUGGUUACUCAUGGAGGCCUUCACACAUGCCAGUGUUGCUGCUGUGAGUCCAUCUUACUCGAAUGAGCGUCUCGAGUGGAUCGGUGAUGCCGUCCUCGGGGCGGUGGUGUGGUCCAAGCUGUAUGAAGAAGGAAGAGCUACGCUCAGUUCCUUCAUCGACUAUACCUGCAACUUCCACUUGGCGAGGGUUGCCGUUCUCAAGUUGGGAGCGCAGAAUCGUAUCAACGUACUCUCAGUCGCGUUGCAAAGUGCCAUCGGCCGUUACGUCAGAGAGCUCCACCACGACGAGCAACCUGUUCCCAAGGGGCCCAAGGCCCUGGCCGACUGUGUUGAGGCUAUCAUUGGCGCCAUCUGGUUGGAUGCGGGUGGUUCAACUGGUGAGGGCUGGGAUGCGGCCGCAAGGUUCAUCAGAGAUAACGUCUUCUCCCUUGAGCUUGCCGAGAGGAGGCCAGCGCCGCGGGGGGGUCCAGGUGAUGACGGACCGCCUGAGGGGAGGAGGAGGAGAAGGGCCCGUCGGAGGCGUAUACCUGGUCUACAAGCUGAUGACUCCGGUGGGCAGACGCCGAGUACCUCAAGUAGCACUCCUGCCCGAACUAGAGCCCACUUGAAUCGCAAUGAUCAGGCUGUGUUCGUUAGAGAUCUUGUGGCCAGGCUAGGGAACGUCGAAGAGUUACUGAGACAACUGCCGGGUUCUUGA